AUGGAGGAGAAGGAGGAGGGCCGCGUGGCAACCGAGGUGGACUCGUCUUCCUCCUCCGCGCGGCGCCACCAGUACCAGCCAAGCUACUGUGUGCGGGUGAAUGUUGGUGCGGCGACUGAGGACGUGAUUGCGCGGCUAGUCACCGACGCCUACGUGCAAGAGGUGCGCGUCCAUUGGCUAGAUGGCGACAGUGAGCCUCUGAACUGCUCAAUUUCGGUGGCAGCGCUGGCGGAUGAUGCCGUAUACCUCGACUUAAGAGAUAGGCGGUCAGAAUGCUACUGCUGUCUGGUCCGCGCGGACUGGCCUCGAGACUGCCUUGCCAAAACUGCGUGUGGUGGCACGUAUGAAUAG